AAGCCUCGGGGAGCCGUCGUCUCUCAUCUCCUACGGAUUCAGGGCGCAACACGACGAUGCUUGAAGGCAAAAGGAAAGGCGCUGCCGUCUACUGGGCUGUGGGCUUUAUUGUGGCGUGUUAUUUGGCACAAACGGCGAACUGUCACCAACCAAAGGAAACGGGAAAACCGAGGGGACCAACGAUACGUGUCCGAGACGGGACCAUUGUGUUCGGCAGGGGUGUUGAGUCUCACGUCGCAAACGGGAACAGGAAAGCACCGGCAAACGCUUCUGCUGUGGAGGAUGAACGGGCUUACCAAGCGGACUCUGCAGGUUUGUCAAACGGACACGCACAGGAUACCAGUCCAAGAGAAGCGUCAUGGAAGCGCAUGGCACCUUCCCUGCAGUGCAGUGGGGACAAGAUGAAGUUCAGAGCGGUGGGACCUGGAGCUUCGAAGUUUGCAGUGGAUCAAGGAAAUGCACCCCCAAUGCCUCUGUCCCAGGUCCCCUCCAGCUGUGGCUACACCAUGCAGAGGAACUCUCUUGCACUUGUGAUGCUGGUUCCAUAUGAUGGCUGCAAUAUCGUUCAACAGGGUGGAAGUUACAUGCUGCCAAUGCGCUGGCAGGGAGUCCCCCUCUCACUCUGGUGCGAUAUACCUGCUGAACAACUCCCUGCCACUACUACUCUACCUGCCACUACUCUUCCACCUGCCACUACUUCUGCUCAACCACAGGAUGCUGAACCUAUGUCUAAGUUUCCGGUCUACCCACCUUACUAUCAUUGGUAUCCUCCUGGGCCUCUGCCUACCCCUGCAGAGCCGACUACAACUCCUCCAAAAAUGACGACAAAGCCAACAACUACACAAUCUCAGGUGCCCCAGUUUCCACAUUUUCCACCAUAUGGGCCCCAGAUGCCGCAGUUUCCACCAUAUGGCCAUUAUCAGCAAUUUCCUCACUAUCAUUGGCCUCUGCCAACCCCUGCAGAGCCCAUUAUAACUACUCCAGAAAUGACGACUGAGCCGACAACUACAAAAUCUCAGGUGCUGCAGGUGCCCCACUUUCCACAGUUGCCAAAGUUUCCACCAUACGGGCACCAAAUGCCGUACCUUCCACCAUAUGGGCCCCAGAUGCCGCAGUUUCCACCAUACGGACCUUUUCAGAAACUGUCUCUGCCCACCCCUGCAGAGCCCAUUAUAACUACUCCAGAAAUGACGACUGAGCCGACAACUACAAAAUCUCAGGUGCUGCAGGUGCCCCACUUUCCACAGUUUCCACAGUUUCCACCAUACGGGCACCAAAUGCCACAGUUUCCACUAUACAGGCCUUUUCAGAAAUUGCCUCUGCCAACCCCUGCAGAGCCCACUAUAACUACUGCUGAAAUGACGACUGAGCCCACAACUUCACAAUCUCAGGUGAUGCAGGUGCCGUACCUUCCACCAUACGGGCACCAGAUGCCGCAGUUUCCACCAUACGGGCACCAGAUGCCGCAGUUUCCACCAUACGGGCACCAGAUGCCGCAGUUUCCACCAUACGGGCACCAGAUGCCGCAGUUUCCACCAUACGGACCUUUUCAGAAACUGCCUCUGCCAACCCCUGCAGAGCCCAUUAUAACUACUCCAGAAAUGACGACUAAGCCCACAACUACACAAUCUCAGGUGCCGCAGGUGCCCCACUUUCCACAGUUGCCAAAGUUUCCACGUUUUCCACCAUAUGGGCCCCAGAUACCACAUUUUCCACCAUACGGGCCCGCAAAGCCGCAGAUUUCCUAUGGACAUUUUCCUCCCCAUCCUUAUCAGUUUAUCCCUACAUCUGCCCCAAAAUAUCCAACCUCUAAGCCAGAGACUACCAAUGUGACACCAGCACCGACUACAAAAACGACGACCACAAAAGGGAAAACGGAAGACUUACUGACUCCAGCGGCGCAAAAUCCAUCAAAUGUUAAACUCCAUUUUCCAGUAUUGCAGUUUCCUUUUAUGUAUGCACCCCCUCCAGGCUACAAUAAAAUGGUUUGAAUAAAAA